GCUCCGCCGCCGAUUCGGAAGACCUACCAAUGAGGUAUAUGAACAGCGGCGUCCUCGCCUCACGCGACUUCUGCGCUCCUCCGCUGAUCCAACAUUCCGUGUCACUUUCCGCCUCUGUUUGCCAAAUCCCGUAAGAGCGGUGAGAUGCGUCCGUCUUUCUUCUUCCGACCCGUGCGCGCUGGCAUAUGAGCCUCUGUCCAAUGGCGCAGAGCACCCCUGGGCUCGCGUCAUCCCUCAGAUCCGAUGAGACCUCGUGCAAACAGGAAAAUUCCGGAGCUCAUGGCCAGCGUGCGGUACAAAGCCGUGAGGGCCCCAGCCCUACGAGUCCGGUUCUGCGGACGUUCGUCUGGCGGUUUGGUGGCCAGCGACGCAACAGCUCGUCAGACAUGGCCCUGCUGGGCACGCCUGUCUUCCGCGCGUGUUUUGACCCCUGGAGCCAUGAUCCGCACGACGAAGCCAGUGAUGGAGGGGAGGGGCGCUGCGAGGGAUGCAGGAAGAUCGACUCCAGAGCCAGAGAGGCGGCGGCAGCGGCGGCAACCACGCGGCCACCCCACGCUCCCACGUCCGGCGGCAUCGCGACCAUGACGGCCCUGCAGGCCCGCGAGCUCGACGACGGCUGCCCCGACCAGGCCCCCGAACAGCUGCAGGAGCUCCGCCACGACGGCUCCGUGCUCUCCAUCGCCGUCUCCGACAAGUACAUUUUUGCCGGCACCAGCAGGGGCGAGAUCGUCGUGUGGUCGCUCGGCACAUACCAGUUCGUCCAGACAAUCCAGGCACACAAGCGCAGCGUGCUGUGCCUGCUGCUCUCCGAAGACAACAAGUACCUGUUCUCGAGCGCGUGCGAGCCCAUCAUCGGCGUCUGGUGUCCCAAGACGCUCACCCGUCUCUACGAGAUCUACAGCACGUACGACGUCGGCGAUGUCUUCAGCGUGGCGUACUCGCCCCAGCGGGAAACGCUCUACCUCGGCACGCAGACCCAGGACAUCCAAUGGAUCAGCCUGAAGGACCCUUCGAGGCGGGUCCCCUACGACUCCGCAAACCAUCCCGACAAGCGCCAACACCGCUUCUUCGAUUCGCGCGCGGUGGGAGGGACGUCUACGCCGAGGCGGAUGGAGGAACACUAUGCGCUGAUCCCCAAGGCGGCGACGGUGCUGGAGAUCGACGACGGCGCAAUCCGGCAGUAUGCGCACUACGGCUGGGUGUUUUGCAUGCUGGUCGCAAAGGGCCCGACGGUUCUGGCCGACCCGGAUGAAGACGUCCUGAUCUCGGGCGGCGGAGACGGCACCAUCAAGCUGUGGAGGCUGUCCGACCACGGGCCCGACUACGAUGACGGGGUGUUUGGCGAUAUCGAGGAGAUGAUGUGUCUGGGCGAGGAUGACAGCGACUCGGUCAUGUCGAUUGCUAUAGACGGUUCUUUCCUCUAUGCCGGCAAGCUGCAGGGCAUCAUCGAGCUGUGGGAUCUCGACACCAAGCAGAAGCUGCGCGUCAUCAAGGCCCACGACGGCAAUGUGAACACGCUUCGCAUGAGCUUUGGCCUUUUGUGGAGCGGGGCGACGGGAGGGUCAGCAUCGAAGCAUAGCACGGUGCACUACGGCAGGGAUAAGCACGGCUUGUCGCAGAACGUCAGCCAGAAGUACCAGUGCCUGAACCGGUGGAAAGCCCACAACGCCAAGAUCCUGUCAUCAGCGGUGACCGUCCACCGGAGCGACCAGCUAUUCCUCACGGGAGCAAAUGACAACACGGUCCGUGUCUGGCGUGUUAAUGGAAUACCGACAGAGGCCGAGCAAGAGGUCGGCGGAUCCGAGAACAUGAUGAUCGCGUCGCUCCGCGACUUCGUCUCCUUCAAGACCAUCUCCUCGCGGCCCGAGUUCACCGAGGAUUGCCGCAAGGGCGCUACGUUUUUAGGCUCCCUCUUCAAGCGUCUCGGCGCCCAAGUGGAGCUGCUUAGCACGAGCGGGCUGCACAACCCGAUUGUCUUCGCCAAGUUCAGCGGCAAGCUCGAGCCUGCCGAGAAGCGGAAGCGCAUCCUGUUCUACGGCCAUUACGACGUCGUUCCCGCGGACAUGAAGGGCGACAACUGGCAGACCGACCCGUUCAAGCUCGAAGGUCGCAACGGCUACCUCUACGGCCGCGGCGUUAGCGACAAUAAGGGUCCGGUAAUCGCUGCGCUCUACGCCGUCUCGGAUCUCCUCCAGGCCAAAGUCCUCGACUCGGACAUCGUCUUUGUCAUCGAGGGCGAAGAGGAGUCCGGCUCGCGCGGGUUCCAGGAGACUAUCCGCAAGCACAAGGAUCUGAUCGGCCACAUCGACUACGUCCUCCUCGCCAACAGCUACUGGCUCGACGACGAGGUACCCUGUCUCACUUAUGGCCUGCGCGGCGUGCUGCACGCGACCGUCUGCAUCGACUCGAAGUAUCCGGACCUGCACUCGGGCGUCGACGGCAGCAACCUGCUCUCGGAGCCGCUGUCCGACUUGACGCUGCUGCUCAGCAAGCUCAAAGACGCCAAGAACCACGUCAAAAUCCCGGGCUUCUACGACGGCAUUCUCCCCCUCACCGCCGAAGAGGAGCAGCGGUACGACGACAUCGCGCGCAUCCUGAUCCGGCGCAACCCCGCCAACGGGCCCGUCGAAGCCCUCAAACGCAACCUCAUGGCGCGCUGGCGGGAGCCCAACCUGACCAUCCACCGCUUCAACGUGUCCGGUCCGGACGGCAGCCUCAUCAGCAGCCACGCGGCCGCCAACCUCAGCAUCCGCCUGGUGCCCGGCCAGGAGGUCGAGCAGGUCAUCGACUCCCUCCGCGCCUUCCUCAAGGAGCAGUACGCCGCCUUCGGCAGCGAGAACUCGCUGACCGUGCGCAUCGACAACAAGGCCGAGCCGUGGCUCGGCGUCCCGGGGAACUACAUCUUCCGCACGCUCGAAGAGGCGGUCAUGCGCGCGUGGGAGCCGACAGCUACCGCGGAGGAGGAGGGCGCUGCGAACGGCGAGGGGCAGGGGGAGGGAACGGUGGCUGCUGCGCUGCCGGCGAACCCGACGAAUGGCGAGGCUGCGCCAAAGUCCAGGAAGCCGCUUUAUAUCCGCGAAGGCGGGUCGAUCCCGCCGAUCCGGUUCCUGGAGAAGGAGUUCAACGCCCCCGCGGCGCACCUGCCGUGCGGCCAGGCGAGCGACGCGGCGCAUCUGGAUAACGAGCGGUUGCGGGUGCUUAAUCUGUUGAAGAGCAGGGAGAUUUUUAGUACCGUCUUCCGGAAGCUCUGAUUAGGGGUGGGGGGUGGUUCGACGAGCUCGCGUGGUUGGCGUCGAGAUGGUCAGCG